AUGGCUGUUGGCAAGACCAGAUCUUUCAUCGGAUUCUGCAAUCAUCUGCCAGUCGGUAGACCUCCCUUCAGUGCUAGCGGCGGCGGCGGUCGAGCCAAAAGGAAUCGAGCCGGUCAAGGAUGCGUGGAAUCCUCGUCAGGCGCUCUUCUGCCUGCGCCAAGCAACGCAGCCAGACCAAAUUGCGACAAUGAAGCCGUAAUGACAGAAGCAUCGUCAUGCCACCGAGGCAAAGCGAGAGGAGAUGAUAAAGUCGACGAUCUUGCGACAUUCGAGACCAACUCGAGGAUAGCGGAGAAAUCGUCCAAUCGGGCCGACUACCUCUCGGGCAGACAGCCGCAGUCGACGACACAAACGUCCGAAGAAGAUGUAUCAUCUGCCCAUCAGCUUGUCCUGACGGCGGCAACUAACACCUUUUUGCUCUCCUCUUCACCCACCCUCACGGACGCCUCACUCUCCUCUGCCUCAGCCUCCUGUUCGCCGUCAGCCUCGUCGGUCCGAACGCCGAGAGAGUCGAGAGAAAAGGGGUCUCCUAACACCGUUGCCAUGACACCGGCCUCUUCUGUUGGCGCUGGCAGUGGACCAUUGCUGCCGGACCCCAGCAACCAGCCUCGGCGACGUGUCUGUAGAGGCAGUGAGGCCUGGCCGACAAUCUAUCCCAUGACAACUGGUCUCUUUGACUGUUCUAGGACCCUACCGAGGCCCGGCAACUGCUGCCACGGCGCCUCCGGACCGGCUCAGCCUCAAGCGACAAACCCCGCCCCUUUCAGCCCGUCUUCCUCGAGUCUGCCAGCCUCCGGUUCUCCCAACACUCCGGUCACUUUGUUGGCUCCCUUGGCUCCGUUGCCACCUGACGCCCAGAUGGCCUCGGCGUCUGCAGCCCUGGCCGGCCUUGCCUCCUCUCCUCUGUCCGGUGACGGGGUAUGCGCAAUGACCGACCAAAUCACACCCACUCUCUCGGCACCACAUCCUCCGCAUGUGCAUUCUCUGCCGCCUUCCCUGCCUCUUUCGGCUCAUCUUCAUCCUACGCCUUUGCCUCCACUGCCUAUGCGCUCUUAUCCACUCACCAUGGACGACCAGUUUCUGCAAAAUGCAGGAUUUUAUAUCGGACCCCCGCCAGAACCUAUAGGCCUCAAUUUGAAGCCGGCCAGUGGCGCUCCUCUACCGCCUCUCAUUCAGGUGAGUAGUAUGCUCUCGAGCAACAAACUUUUGAUGGCUCCAAAAGUUAAUUUAAAAAAACAAACAAAAAAAAACAUUAAAGCCUCCAUAGAGAAAAGCGGAAUUUUGGAGAAUCACCUGGUGAGUUAG